AUGGCAUACAAAGAAACACCUUUACCCAGGGCUCUGGAGCAUGACUUCUGGCCAUAUGUGCUAGAAGUUGUCAAUCACCCCAAAGUGGCCCAUUUGGUGGGCAUGGGCAAGGUCUAUGUAGCUCUUGAGGACACUUCUCCCAAGGCUAUGACCAAGCUCUUCAAUGCUGCCAAGGAUGCUACCAUCCUAGGUCAUUCUCCUGACCAGUUGCUUGCUGCUGGUGGCCUCUGCUUGGAGGCUGGGGACUUUCUCUUCUCCAGAGACAUGCAUGGUCCCCAUGACCCCAUGGAUGAUGUCCUCCAGGCCUACAGUGUCCCCAUAGAUGACCUCCUUGGCCCUAAGGAGGACAGGACAGCCAGUCCUGCUGUUCAGCAGGGGGACAACACUUGGACAGGUGGUGUCCAGUGGGAGCGUAGUGACCUUACCACUCCUGUGACAGGUUCCAAGCGUAGCUACACCCUUGGUACCACCCAUCAGAUCCAGUGUAAGGCUUCUAUCAAGAUGGGCAUCAAGUUUCUGAAGUGGGGUACUCCUGACAUGGCCCUGAACCUGAAGCAUAAUGCUGAGGUGCACAAUGUCCAGCCUAUUGGCUGUGAUGACGCUAGUGGUAUAGUCAACUAUGCAUUUCCCACUGUACAAAUAAACAUCUCCAGCACUAAGAAGCUGGAUGAUGAUGCCUGGCUCACAUGCAUGAUCAAUCAUCCUGACCUUGAGGAUGGUGAUCAGGCUGGAGUCUUUGUUCUGAUGGAGCUGGGCUUCUUUGUGAAGCAGGAUAGCCUCGCACUUGCUGUCUUCAGUGGUCUGCGCUGGCAUGUAGGCUCUCCUCCUACCUCUGCCACCCCCUCUCCUUCUUCUCUUGAGGGCACAGACCGCCUGGGGAUGGCAGCUGGUCCAGAUCAUGAGUUGAUAAGGCUCACACCUGAGCACAUCAACCCUGAGAUGGCUGGUAUUGCAGCUACCAACCAUGGCAACUGGGCUGCUGAUGGGCUUUCCCUCACUGAUCCUAAGGCCUAUUUCUCCUGGUUUGUGCGUGCUAUGGUGCAGCAGAACUUUCAUAUGCUUAACCAGCUUGAUCCUGUGCUGCGCCCUCAGCUGGAUCUGCAGAAGUUCCUCAGUGCCUUUUCUAUCACCAUUGGUGAUGAGGCCAAGUUCAUUGCUAGCAUUGCUAGGAAUGCUAACCCUGAGCCUGAGCCUACUGCUGAUGCUCCUGUUCGCACUCUUGGGUGUCCUUGUGCUGCUGCUGCCAAGCGUGCUGCUGCUCAGCUUGAUGGUUCAUUCUCUAGGCCUGUCAAAGUGCGCAAAAUCAAUGCUGCAGAAAUCUCCACUCAGCAGUCUAUGAAGGCCAUUCAUAUGACACGCUCUGUAGCCAUUGCUGAGCAUCAGUCAGCAAGUGGGUAA